AUGCCCCGCGAAGGAACGCGAUCUGCCACAGGCAACUCAAAGCCGCGUGUCUUCCAAACUGUUGACACUGCGCCCGCUAUUAAGCGCACCACUAAGCCCAGGGUGAAGAAGUCGCCUACCACCGGCACCAAGCCUGGCCCAAAAGUGAAGGCAGCAAAGCCAACUGGUAUAACCAAGAAGAAAUCUGCAGCACCAAAGAAAGAUGGCGUCGCAACCAAAGUUAAAGCUGCUGUCAAGAAAGCAGAAGAAAAGGUCAAGAAAGUAGAAGAGAAAGCUGAGAAGGCCGAAAAAGCCGAAAAGGCUGAGAAGGUGGAAAAGUCGGAGGACAAGGUCAAGAAGACCGCAGCGAAGCCCAAGACAGCUGCCAAAUAG